AUGACCGGCGCUAUCUGCAAGUGCUGGAGUGCCUCGAUCACAUACGGGAACGCUUGGUGGACCGCCAGCAUGGUCCAUCCUACAAGAAAAUCCGGGAAAGUCGGGGUGGGCAUGCCUACGGUGGGGAUGCCGUCAGUCGUGGACCCGGAGGAACUGCGCGAGGAGGCCAUGCCUUUGGCGGUGCGGCGACAGACGACGGUUCGGGAGGUGCUGUUAGAGGUGGAGCUGCGUGGGGAGGAAACGCCGAGGGAGAUUACGCCUUUGCCGGUAGUGCAACUGGAGGUAGUAAACAUGGCCCGAGAGCCAUAG